UUGGCUUCAAGACAAACUCAGCGUUAGACAAACACUGGUUGGCUGGAUAUUCCAUUAUCAACAGCAGCGGAUUUAACCCAGACUUCCUCCCUGGGCGCCCGAAGGGGGCGGAGUCUGCAGGAAGGGGGCGGGGCGUCGGGAAGUUUGAAUGCUGGCGGCAAAAGGACACAAGCCUGAGGCCUGCAGCCACCGGGAAAAUGAGGCGGAGCCGGUGGGGCAGCUCCGGCGGCAGGGAGGCCGCGAAGGCGGCAGCGGACUGCAGCUUUCAAGAAAAAAUUGACUUUGAAAUGCGGAUGCGAGAAGGAAUAUGCAAACUGCUUGCUGUGAGCACACAAAAGGAUCAACUUUUGCAUGCUGUUAAAAACCUGAUGGUUUGCAAUGCUCGCAUACGUGCCUACAGAACAGAACUACAGAGACAGGCAGGGGAAUCGACUAGGAACAACACAACCACAGGAAGAGGUUUAGAUUUUGCAGCAAAAGAACGUACAGCCUGUAGAGGCAAGAUUGCCAUAUCAGGUCUCCGAAUCCCACUGAUGUGGAAAGGCUCUGAUCACUUCAGCAGUAAAGACAGAACCCAGCGUUACUCGGUCUUUUGUUUGCUCAAAGUAGGAGCUCAGGUUUUUGACACAGAGCUGCUUAUUGUGGAUAAAGCGAUUACCGACAUAUGUUUUGAAAGUGAAGCUGUCUUUGAUGAAGUUGGGCCAGACUUCCAGCUCAAGAUUGAAGUCUACAGCUGCUGUUGUUCUGAAGAAUCUUUUGCCAUCGCAAAUACUCCCAAGAAGCUAGUUAACAAGUUGAAAACUUCAAUUGGAAAAGCUACAGGGAAGAAACUCAGCUCUGCAUUAGAUGAAGGCAAUCUUGAUUCCUUGUUGCUCUCUGACACAGUUGUACUUGGUGCAAAAUAUGGCUUGCUGGCAUAUACGUCUUUGGGAUUGGAGAGUGUUGAGGACAGUUUCAAGACCCACAGCCUUACUGUUGUGACAAAUGAGGAAUCGUCCUUUUGGCUUCCAUUGUACGGCAACAUGUGUUGUCGUUUAGUUGGCCAGCCAUUCUGCAUGACUGAUGAUAUGAUGACUGGAUUUCUUAAUCAACAGCAAGCGGUAGGGAAACUAACUACCUGGAGGAAGUUAUACUGCGUGCUAAGAGGUGGUAAGCUCAUUUGCUACUAUACACCAGAAGAAAUAGAAGCUAAAGUGGAGCCAGCUUUGACAGUUUCUGUCAACAAGGAAACGAGAAUUCGUGCUGUGGAUAAAGACACUCAGAAAAGAAACAAUAACUUUUCUGUUAUCAACCCUGAGGCUGGUAAGGCUGUGACUCAGAUUUUUGCAGUUGAAAGCCGGGAAGACCUUUAUAAGUGGAUGGAAGCGUUCUGGCAGCACUUCUAUGAUUUUAGUCAGUGGAAACAGUGUUGUGAAGAGUUCAUGAAAAUUGAGAUUAUGUCACCACGGAAACCACCGUUAUUCUUGGCAAAAGAGGCCACUUUGGUUUACCAAGACAUGAGCAUUGAUUCUCCCAUAAAACACGAGGCAUUAAUUGACACAGUGCAGAGGAAAAGUGAGGAAACCAAUAGAGCUUUGGUGUUUGGCCAAGAAGAAAAGUAUGCAUCUCCUUCCUGGGCUGCCAUGUUUGAUGGUUCUCAUCACAUGUUAGUGCAGAAAAGCACGCCUCCGGAAGCAAAUGUGGGGGCUGUAAACGUGAAUGAGGGGAAAGGCAAAAAAAGAAGAGCACCCCCUCCGCCCUCUGACAAGCUGCCAGAUGCUUUGAAAGCUCAGGUGUCAGAUCGAGGUAGCAAGGAAAACAUCUGGAAUUGUUCUCCUGUGACACGCAGGACCUGCUCUUCCGAUUCCAGCUCAUCUGCUGUGCUUCAUUAUAAGCAACCAUUUGCAAUAUCUCCCAAACCAACUUCUUGUCAGAAAGGUACCUUCACUGAUGAUGAAAACCCUGUUCUCUCAGCCACUAAGGUUCUCUGUGAUGAUAAACCUAUUCCUGCUCCUAGGAAGAAAUCACUGAAAGAGAAGCUGGAUCCCAGAUCCCGUUUGCAAUCACUGGUUUAGCUUGGUCCUGCUCAGAAUGAGGAAGAGAAAAUUCAUUAGUUGUGUUUACAAUUGUAUCAUGGAACAAACAAAGUCUUUCAGCUGCAUGUAUUUGUAAUAUAUCUUUCAACAUACAAUCAAAGACUUCAUAAUGGA